UCUCUCUGUCUUGAUUGUUGAUGAGUUUCUUGUUCUAUCCGAUCAAGAACGCUAGUUUCAGAAUCAUCUCUGCUUCUGAAACAAGAUUCAUCGCCGUAGAUCCUCUGAAACGACUGCUCCGAUCUAGUUCUUCUACCGUGAGAUUCCUGGCGAAACACAACUAUCUUGAUUGGAAUCGGAGGACAUCAACGUCUACGACUAUAACGACGAAGAACACGGCAGCUGCGAUGGCAGUGAAAGCAGUGCCGGACGAAGAAGGGAUAGCGAGACGGUUCUGGAUCAAGUUCAGGGAUGAAUCGGUUUUUGCGAUGUACAGUCCUUUUGUCGUCUGUUUGGCUUCUGGUAAAUUGGAAUUGGAGACUUUCCGCCAUUAUAUUGCUCAAGACGUGCAUUUCCUUCGUGCUUUUGUUCAGGCGUAUGAGUUGGCAGAAGAUUGUGCCGAUGAUGAUGAUGACAAGUCUGCUAUUUCUGAAUUGAGGAAGCAUGUCAUGGAGGAGCUUAAGAUGCACAAGUCUUUUGUCCAAGAAUGGGGCUUUGAUCCUGCAAAUGAGAUAAGUGCCACCUUGGCAACACUAAAAUACACAGAUUUCUUGUUGGCAACGGCAUCAGGAAAAGUUGAAGGAGGAAAAGGUCAUGGUAAAAUUGCUACUCCCUUUGAGAAGACGAAAGUUGCUGCUUAUACGCUGAGUGCUAUGACACCUUGCAUGAGACUUUAUGCCUUCCUAGGCAAAGAGCUACGGGCACUUCUGGAUCCCGAGGAAGGCAGUCACCUCUACAAGAAAUGGAUUGACAACUAUGCCUCUGAAAGUUUUGAGACAUCAGCUCAGCAGACUGAGGAGUUGCUUGAUAAGCUAAGUGUCUCUUUGACAGGCGAGGAACUUGAAGUCAUGGAAAAGCUUUAUCAUCAGGCUAUGAAACUUGAGAUAGAAUUUUUUACUGCCCAACCAAUUGUUCAACGAACUAUAGUUCCUUUCACUAGAAUGCUUGACCCUGCGGAGUAUCAUCUUGUUCUAUUUUCUGAUUUUGAUUUGACGUGCACUAUAGUUGAUUCCUCGGCCAUUUUAGCGGAGAUUGCAAUAUUAACUGUACCAAAAGCUGAUCAGAGUGGAAUGGAAAAUCCUCUUCCCCGGAUGUCAUCUGCUGAUCUGAGGAACACAUGGGGUGUUCUUUCAGGACAGUAUACAGAAGAGUAUGAACAAUGCAUAGAGAGCGCUAUGCCCCCAGAGAAAGUGCAAGACUUCAACUAUGAAGAGCUAUCCAAAGCACUUGAGACUCUCUCAGACUUUGAGAAACGGGCAAAUGCAAGAGUGAUUGAGUCAGGGGUACUGAAGGGUUUAAAUCUAGAGGACAUAAAAAAGGCUGGUGAGCGUCUCAUACUCCAAGAUGGCUGUACUGGUUUCUUCCAGACAAUUGUACAGAAUGAAGAGCUGAAAGCUGAUAUCCAUAUACUUUCUUAUUGUUGGUGUGAUGAUCUCAUUAGAUCAGCGUUUUCAUCAGGGGGGCUAAAUGUUUUGAAUGUACAUGCAAAUCAGUUUUCUUAUGAAGAAUCCAUCUCUACGGGUGAGAUUAUUAUGACGGUACAGUCGCCCUUGGACAAGGUUAAAGCUUUUAAGGAGAUUCUAAACAAUCGUGGUAAUGAUGGCAAGAACUUGUUGUCUAUAUACAUUGGAGACUCGGUGGGUGACUUACUGUGCCUGCUGGAAGCGGAUGUAGGCAUCGUUGUAGGAUCAAGCUCAAGUCUGAGGAGAGUUGGGAGUGAGUUUGGUGUUUCAUUUAUUCCAUUGUUUUCUGGUUUGGUGAAGAAACAGAAGGAAUUCGAUGGCAGCUCUUGUAAUUGGAAGGGGCUGUCUGGCAUUCUUUAUACGGUCUCUAGUUGGGCCGAAAUACAUGCCUUCAUUUUGGGGUCUUAGAACCAUAUAUUGUAGCCUUGCAGAAAAAGAAAAAAGGAA